GUAGCAAAGGACAGCUUGUGCACAGAUAAGAAGAGGUUCUGCAUUGUUACUCAACUAGCUUCUGACCACAAUUCCAUUCUGCUGCCUACCCAGGGGAAGACUGACCAUUUGAGCACUCGGGCACUGCCCGAGGGCCCAGGGUCAGUAGGGGGCCCCAAGAAAUUCCCCUGGUACCUUUUUUAUAGGCUUUUUUGAGUUGGGGGCAAGGACACAGGGGCCCCAUGAUCCCCUAUUGCCCGGGGGCCCCAUGAGUUGUCAGUCCGCCCCUGCUCACAACUCCCUUCAUGUUGUUUCAGAGACAGGACUUCUGCAACUGCACCUCUAGUUUGUGU